CCAUGUUUCCCGAGGUUCGCUCAACUUCAGCACGCCCACUUUAUCCAGGAUUCGUUGAACAACUCUUCAUCAUAUCUGGUUGCUACCCACGAAUGGUCGUUUGCUAUUGGCCGGCUUAUGUAUAAGCGAGCUGUCUGGAACUGCAGAGUUCGUCGAACCAUGCAACAAUCUUAGCCCAGGGACAUCGGCCCAUGAAUUUAUGGCUUAGCUCAUCUUGUACUCCCAAGCACCACCCUCCCAAGGAUCCUCUCCAGCUCGAAGGGCGCUGCAGGAUCUGUUCAAUCAAACCCCGAUAUCCAGGGCCUAGGCUUUUCUCCGAGACGAGUACACAAGCUAGGGGAGGGGGAUUUAGCACCUUCAUCAGCGCCCACCGUUCGAGUGAUCCAGAAUUCAUGCUACCUGUCCGCCUGCUGAGCCCUCAAUGACAGAUUCAUGUGCCCUGUCAAGAUUGAGUUUCCAGGCACCCCACCCAGGUGUUCGUUCCUGUCUCAAUGCCAGAGGCAGUCGAUUUCCAAGUCAAGACCGGAAAUCAGGUUUUAAAAUACCAAGGUCGGCAGUCAACGGCAAAUCUCCCCGUUGCGCGACCGGCGUAGAGGUGCUCCGAUCUCACAGCACGCUUGAACGCGGGCGGAAUGUCGUAGGAUGUGUCGCAUAUACUCCAGUGUAUGACCGAUCGCGAAGCGCGUGUGGAGCUCGGGGGUUCGUCGUUCGCCAGCGCUGCUGUGCAGCGUUGCACUCUCUCUCUUGCCCAAUCUUCUAGUGGCAUGCCAUGAGAAAUCUGGCAAGCACAUGCAUAAUCGAAAAGGAUCGAUUCAUGUACCGUUCCCUGCAAUGUGACAUUUCUUUCGCUUUUA